CUGUGAAUGACUGAGCAGCAAGCGAGGAAGCAGCCGCCGCCGCCGCAGCAGCCCACCACCCCCAGCACUGCUCGCACCUGGAGGCGGCUCACGGGAGAGGCGGGCGGAAGGAGCCGAGGGGAGCCCCCAGCAGCCCAGCGUUUGGUGGCGCUCACGUCUUGGCAGGAACCGAGAGUCCCCACCUGCCUGGAGCAGCCCGGAGAUGCUGAGGCUGCGCUGGGAGUCGGCGCUGCUCCUGCUGGGGGUCGGGAGCCUCCUGGCCGCUAAAGUGAACAAACACAAACCAUGGAUAGAAACUUCCUAUCAUGGAGUCAUUACUGAAAACAAUGAUACUGUCAUUUUGGAUCCUCCUCUGGUUGCUUUGGAUAAGGAUGCUCCUGUUCCCUUUGCAGGCGAGAUCUGUGCUUUUAAAAUCCAUGGUCAGGAAAUGCCCUUUGAAGCUGUCGUGCUAAACAAGACAUCUGGAGAAGGUCGUCUCCGAGCAAAAAGUCCAAUUGACUGUGAACUGCAGAAGGAGUACACAUUCAUCAUCCAGGCAUACGACUGUGGAGCAGGACCUAGUGGAACAAACUGGAAGAAAUCUCACAAGGCAGUGGUCCAUAUCCAGGUGAAGGAUGUUAAUGAGUUCGCACCUACCUUCAAGGAGACCUCGUAUAAGGCCACAGUGACAGAGGGAAAGAUCUAUGACAGUAUAUUGCAGGUGGAAGCCAUAGAUGAGGACUGUUCUCUGCAGUACAGCCAGAUAUGCAAUUAUGAAAUUGUCACAACCGAUGUUCCUUUUGCCAUUGACAGAAACGGUAAUAUUAGAAACACGGAGAAGCUGAACUACGAUAAACAGCACGAGUAUGAGAUAAUGGUAACUGCUUUUGACUGUGGGCAGAAACGUGCAACAGAAGAUGUCUUAGUACGAGUUGAUGUCAAACCAGUGUGCAAACCAGGCUGGCAAGACUGGAACAAGCAUAUUGAGUAUAAGCCUGGCUCUGGCAGCAUACCUUUGUUUCCCAGCAUUCACCUGGAAACCUGUGAUGGACCUGUUUCCUCAAUCCAGACCACUAUUGAACUGCAAACCAAUUAUAUUGGAAAGGGCUGUGACCGAGAGACAUACUCUGAGAAAUCACUGCAAAAAUUAUGUGGAGCAUCCUCAGGUGCCAUUGACUUAUUACCGACUCCUAGUGCAGCAACUAACUGGACAGCUGGGCUUCUGAUAGACAACAAUGACAUGAUUUUUAAAUUUGAUGGAAAACAAGGAGCCAAAAUUCCUGAUGGAAUAGUACCAAAGAAUUUAACUGAUCAAUUCACUAUCACUAUGUGGAUGAAACAUGGACCUAGUCCAGGACUGAGAGCUGAAAAAGAAACCAUUCUUUGCAACUCUGACAAGACAGAAAUGAAUCGACACCAUUACGCACUUUAUGUGCACAACUGUCGUCUGGUGUUUCUGCUGCGUAAAGAUUUUGACCAGGCUGAUACAUUUCGCCCGGCAGAGUUCCACUGGAAGCUGGAUCAGAUUUGUGAUAAAGAAUGGCACUACUACGUCGUCAAUGUUGAGUUUCCUGUGGUUACCUUGUAUAUGGACGGCACGACAUAUGAGCCUUACCUUGUGACAAAUGAUUGGCCUAUUCAUCCAUCACACAUAGCCAUGCAGCUAACUGUUGGUGCUUGCUGGCAAGGAGGGGAAGUCGCUAAGCCCAGAUUUGCUCAGUAUUUCCAUGGCAGCCUUGCCAGCCUCACUAUCCGGCCAGGGAAAAUUGAGAGUCAGAAAGUGAUUUCCUGUUUGCAGGCCUGCAAGGAAGGUCUGGAUAUUAAUUCUCUUGAGAGUCUUGGCCAAGGAAUAAAGCAUCACUUCAACCCUUCCCAGUCAGUCCUUGUCAUGGAAGGAGAUGAUAUUGAGAAUAUAAAUCAAGCUCUCCAAAAGGUCUCGUAUAUCAACUCUAGACAGUUCCCUACCGCGGGCGUACGGCGUCUUAAAGUCUCAUCUAAAGUCCAGUGUUUUGGUGAAGAUGUCUGCAUUAAUAUCCCAGAUAUAGAUGCCUAUGUAAUGGUGUUUCAGGCCAAUGAGCCCAAGAUCACAAUAAAUGGAAUGGACCACUUUGCUAGACCAGCUACGCAAUUUGAAAGUGAAAGGGGAGUGACUCUGUUACCAGAUAUCAGAAUUGUCAGCACAGUCACCAAAGUGGAACAUUCUGUGGACUUUAAAGAAAACGAUGGAGUCCAUAAGCCAGUUGUGUUAGAGGAAAUGGUUCACAACUUGGAUUUCUGUGACAUUUUGGUCAUUGAUGUGGAACUAGAUCCCAGACAGGAGUGUUUAGAACUGGAUCGUAAGGAGCUUCAAGGAAAACAUCUAGAUGCCACCAACUCCACAGCAGGGUAUUCUAUCUAUGGUGUGGACACAAUGAGAAACUAUGAACUGGUGCUUCGACAGGUUCGAUAUCGCAAUUGGCACACUUUCAACAUCUUUGAUAGAAAGUUCAGUAUCAAGUGCUCAGAGCUGAAUGGCCGAUACACCAGUAAUGACUUUAACUUGGAGGUUAAUAUCCUACACAACUCCAACUCUAAUUUUAUGGAGCAUGUAAAUCACAUGGUAAUACAGCCACAGUUUCUCCAGUCUAUCCAUCACCCAGAGGAAAGCAUAAACAGCAUUCAUGGCUCAGUUGUUCCAAGCGUGGCUACUAUUGUUAUAAUAAUCUGUGUCAGCAUACUAGUCUUCAUCAUAGCCUUGGGCAUCUACAGAGUUCGGACUUCUCAUCAGCACAGCUCUACGGAAAAUGAAGGAAGUAAAGAAAAUGAAAUGGAUUGGGAUGAUUCUGCUCUAACCAUUACUGUCAACCCCAUGGAGAAAUAUGAAGAGCCUCAUCAUGUAGAAGAGGAAAGUGAGGAGGAGGUGGAAGAGGAGGAGGAAGAUACGACCAGUGAUGAAUCAGGUGAAAGUGAAGAAGAGGAGGAAGAGGAGGAGGAGGAAGAAAUUGGAAAUGAGGGAGUCAAACAGAAUGCCACCAGGCAACAGCAGUUGGAGUGGGAUGAUUCAACACUUCCUUACUAGAACCUGCCAGUCCCAUUGCUCCUUUUGUAAACACCAAUACAAUUUAUUUCUGAGUCAAGUUAAUCUCUGUCUAUGAAUUAACUGACAGGAUUUGAAUUUAUUGCCUAAAAUAGAUAUAGUUCUAUUACCCAAAUUGAUAUAGUUGUAUCAGUUGCUAUUGAUAGAAUUGUCCCUUUCCUUACAAUGCCUUGUGAAAUACAGGGUACCAACUUUAAUGUCCUCUAUGGUAAUGACACUAGUCUGGAGCUUGGUCUGUCAAUUUAUUCCCUCAAUUUCCAGUUUCUGUUCCAAAUAAUCCAAUAAAAGUCCUGUCACUCAA